GAUGAGGGCGGGACAUUGGAGCUGUUUCCGGAGUCCCUUCCCUGGCCUGGGAUAGAAAGAAGAGGGGGGAAAUACUUCUGUUUAUUUACAUUUCAUAAGUUACACACAGGUUCAGGCGACCAGCAGCAGUGACCAUGUCUCAGUCUGCAGAGAAAGGGAAGUUCCCCGAGGCGGCAGGAUAUGUGGGUUUUGCCAACCUGCCCAACCAGGUGCACAGGAAGUCAGUGAAGAAGGGAUUUGAGUUCACCCUCAUGGUCGUUGGAGAGUCUGGUUUGGGCAAGUCUACGCUGAUCAACAGCCUGUUUUUGACAGACCUCUACCCAGAGCGAUACAUCCCUGGGGCCGCAGAGAAGAUUGAGCGGACGGUGCAGAUAGAAGCCAGUACGGUGGAGAUUGAGGAGAGGGGCGUGAAGCUCCGCCUUACUGUGGUCGACACCCCCGGAUACGGAGAUGCCAUCAACAGCCAGGACUGCUUUAAGACCAUCAUCCAGUACAUAGAUAACCAGUUUGAGCGUUACCUUCAUGAUGAGAGUGGCCUGAACCGCAGACACAUCGUAGACAACAGAGUCCACUGCUGCUUCUACUUCAUCUCUCCUUUUGGACACGGUCUAAAGCCUCUGGAUGUGGAGUUUAUGAAGGCCAUUCACAGCAAGGUCAACAUCGUCCCUGUUAUCGCUAAGGCUGACACACUCACACUGAAAGAGAGAGACCGCCUUAAGAGGAGGAUCCUGGAUGAGAUUGCAGAGCAUGGCAUCAGGAUCUACCAGCUGCCAGACGCUGACUCAGAUGAGGAUGAGGAGUUCAAGGAGCAGACACGAGUGCUAAAGGCGAGCAUUCCAUUUGCUGUGAUUGGGUCGAACCAGCUGAUUGAGGUGAAAGGGAAGAAAAUCCGAGGUCGUCUCUACCCCUGGGGGGUCGUGGAGGUGGAGAACCCAGAGCACAACGACUUCCUCAAACUACGCACCAUGCUUGUCACCCACAUGCAGGACCUCCAGGAGGUCACGCAGGACCUGCACUACGAGAACUUUCGCUCAGAGAGACUGAAGAGAGCUGGCAGAGCUGUGGAAGAGGAUGUGGUUGACAAAGACCAGAUUCUCCUGCAGAAGGAGGCUGAGCUGAGGCGUAUGCAGGAGAUGAUUACCCAGAUGCAGGCACAGAUGAAGAUGAAGGGAGAUGAGUGAAAGGAGAGGGAGAAGAGAGGAGUGCCUCACCCAUCAAACCCUCUGUGCGUCUGAAACUCCAUCAUGGUUGUACUGCUGGACGUACUCAUCACCGCCUAUCCCUUAGUGUGUCAAACAAUCAAUUAACCAAUCAACCAAUUAAAGGUCCUCAAUAACCUAAUUUUAAUUUGGAAGUCUUCAAUAUGGCCCCUAGUUCACUGUGGUACUGAGAUCCACUGAUCUGCUAGUCUUGAGUGUUGUUUUGGAAAGCGUUACUGACGUUAUGACAUGAGGUAUGUUUGUCAGGAGUGUUAUAACAUGACAUAAUAAAGGAUAUGGGUUAUAUAAUAAGACAUAUUGUAAAGACAAUGAUUGCAUGUUCUCCCAAUAAGUGACUAAUGAUGUUAAUUUGUUUUCAUCAGUACUACUAAUUCUGUCUCAUGUACAAUGCAGAUCUUCCAUUGAUAAUGGUACUAAUACAUCUCAUUGUUAGACAACAAUCAGACUUCAGUGUUUACAGAAUGUUAAGGGAAUGUGUUGAGUAUAUUAAGGGAAGGUUUGUUGAGAGCUGGGUGUUUUUGUGCCAUUUGCAACCUCUGUCUUCACAUUUGGACUCAGCGGAGUACAUAUCAGUCCAGGUGUAGUAAUAAGUGUCCCUCAGGUGGCACUGUAGUCUGUUCUAUAAGCACAAUACU